AUGCGCCCAGGAGACCCCCGUAUUCGCCAGACUAUCAACCAGAUCUCGCAGAACCUCGAAUCCGCCAAUGAGUCCGCACAGGAAGGGAUAUAUGCCUUUGCCCACCACUACAUAGAGCCGUGCUUCUUGAGUGUACAGGAGUGCUUUACUUCUUGUACUGCUCCCUGUUUCCCCAGCCGGGAUGACCAGCUGCGUCGACGGCGGCGAGAACGCUCCAAUGGUCGCGCGGAGUUUACCUUUGGAUUCUACGAUGAUUGGGACUACGAUGAGGAUGCACGCGAAGAUGGCCUGCUAGGCUGGCGGAAUGAUGAGCUGGACAGACUGUUGGCUGGCAGCAGCUCUGCGCGCCCGUCUAAUGACCAGCCGCGCAUGAACAGGCGAAUGAGUUACGGUGCCAGGAGGAGGGGAUCCAUCUUACCCAGUGACGAGCGCCAGGACCCAACAGUUAUCCCGAGCUCAUCUAUACUUGGUUUCCUCGAACGGUUUCCGUGGAGGAUAGGCGCCAGGGGCAUUCGGUAUCGUCCAUCUGCUGCCAAUUUACAGGACAAUCCUGGUGGCCUGAAGCGUGAUGUUCCAGAACAAGCACCAUUACUGGAAGCCAGCGAUGAAAGUGAUCAUUCUGGGGACAACAACAAGGACGGCGGUCAUAACUACAAAGCAGAAGCAUCUCCGAGGAAGCGCCGUGGCACUCAGUCGUCUCAUGAAACCAGCAAUUCACUCAGUUCCCGCGGCGACCUUAUUCACAGCGACGAAGAGGAGGAUGCCGUUCCUCUGGAUGAUGAGAUCAAUAUAAUGACUCUCAGUCGCCACAGACCCAGCCUGGGCGGCGGUGAUGAGUCUAUCUUUUCAAUUCCACACUCUGUCACUACCUCGACAAAAGAGACAGCUUCAUCUCGAGCAUCACGCACAAGUAAAGGAAAAGGCAAACGAAGAAAAAGAGACAAAGAUUUGAAACGGCGCCGUACCAUGUCGAAAUCAUCGCACUCAACCUCGGAACUAGAUACCAGUAUCGUGAUUGAACCGACAGUGGAAGGAGCCUCGUUAGAUGACUUAAAGAGAGAGGAAGAGGAAGCUCGACUAGAGGAAGAAACGGCGAUAGAGAAAAGCCGGCUGGCUGCAAGGGAACUCGCUAGACAGAAAGGGCUGAAAUUAGCCGAUUCCGCUCUAGAGCGCUUCUCAAGUAACGCUCAUGAAGAAAUCAAUAGCCCCGUAAAGCUGCCUCACGCUGAAGCAAUCUCCACUUCAUCGUCGCAAUCGGAACGUAUUAAUUCCCCAACCGAUCAAAGCCUUGGACAUCCUCAACCUACGUCUCCUCUCAACAGCAACUCUCAACCCCACACACCUGUUUCAAUAUCUCAGACUGAAAAACCAAGCCAAAGUCAUGGCACUACCAUCAACGUAAAGAACCCCGAUCUCGAACCCACUUCUUCUAAACGCCUUGAUGCCGACCCACCAGACUCAUGAGUUUAUGACAUGAACACCUGACCACCCUUGCAUUUCCGCCACUGCCAUACCUUACUUACCUCUUAACUACCUUUCGUCCUGUAGAAUAUUUGUGACCCAUGCCCAGGAGGCCAUUUCAGCAUCAGGGAAGCUUGAAGCUUCCACGCCCCGUAAAGUUGAACAUGAGUGUUCAGCUUGCAACGCAUGUAUAUGUUGUCAUUUACUGUCAUACAGCAAGCUCUAAUGUCCCAUGGAAAUUGUUUUUACUUGUGGAUCAUUAGGGACAAUAACGGCUCAUGCAUAUAUGUUAUGAACUUUUUCUUCGUUCAGUCCGGCUAAUUAGCGUAGGACAUGCAAUAAUAAUACACUUGGCCGUCCUCGAAGCUCUAUCCUCGUACAAGUUAGUCAUUAUCGAAAUGAUUCAAAGGUCCAAGCCAAGUUUCCCAGCGCAGAAUCCUACUGUGUAACGCCCUCGCUUAUCUGGUAGUAGGCCUAGUUUCGAACAAGGGAAGACGCUAUUCUUCAAGAAACUUCUGCCACUCCGGAAUUUCCUUGACGAUCUUCCGCAUGUACCUCUCCAGCUGCUUUGCACAUUUAACGAAUAUCGAGAAUUCACUAUUAUAUGUUCGGCAAUUACUGAAAAUCAGCUUAAGAUCGUCAAAAAGGACCUUUGGAGUAGUGUAGUAAUCAUGCUCCAAUCGUUCUUCCAUCGUCGACAGAUCCAUGGGUGAUUUAAUAAUGUUGUAAUAAUCGGGGACUUUAUCUUUGUCAACAGGGUCAGCAAAGGGCCAGGCGCUUUUGUGAUUUCGCAUAAGAGUUAAAAAAUGCCGGAGUUCC